AUGGAUUCGCGAUCAUUUCCUGUGUCUUCUGCGAUCUUCGCAACCUUGUAUUUCCUUCUCUCGAGGAACACCCAACUUGCAGCACACAAAAUCCACCGCGAACACCACCAUUUUGUAACAUCAGUAACUGUAAGGAAGGACCUCUCCUUCUCUAGCUUCCAUCCCAGACUAAACCCAACUAGUACGCACGACAUUAAGCUCCUGGGGAGUGCAACAAUAUCCGAUGACAACGGUAUUAUCCAAAUUCCCGACCCAUCAUGGGCCGCUAAUCGUAGUUGUCAAGCAGGUAGAGCCGUUUAUAACUGUCCUAUUCGCAUGUUUGAACCUGUAACCAAGUCCCUAGCUUCCUUCAGAACCACUUUCUCCUUUCAGUUCACAGCCACCAUGUCCACAUCCAAUGCUACUGAUGACUCAUCCUCGAGCCGUGAUCGAGGCGGGAGCGGCUUGGCAUUUGUCCUGGUUCCUGAUGAGUUCACUGUAGGGAGAGCUGGACCAUGGCUUGGCUUGCUUAAUGACGCAUGCGGCCAGUACAAGAUCUUCGCAGUCGAGUUCGAUAACAGCCACGACACGGAGUUUGGCGAUCCUAACGAUGAUCACGUCGGAAUCAACCUUGGAACCAUUGUCUCCAUGAAAACGGCCGAUCUAUCAGGAACCACGGUUUCCCUCCAUAAUGAUUCUGUUCAACGAGCAUGGAUCAAUUACGACGGUCAUCGGAAAUGGAUCGAUGUAUAUCUCGGAGCCGACAAUGAUCACCUGCCGAACCAAACCGUAUUAUCAUCCCCUCUGGAUCUCUCGGGUUAUAUCAACGAAUUUAUGUUUGUUGGGUUCUCGGCCUCCACUGCCAAAUCGACACAAAUCCACAGUGUUCUAUCAUGGAACUUCUCUUCCACGAUCGAAGCCUUUCUUCAAGUUCCUAGCGAACGAACUUGCAAAAGAAACCUCAUCCACCAAGUUUCCAAGUACUCUAAAGUCCGUUACUCAAGGGCACCAAGCGGCUUUCUGGUUUUUGUCGCUGUGGUUGCGCUAUGCACACUAGCUCUUGUAGUCCUCUAUUCCAAUAGCAACCCCCAAAAGAGAUCACCUUCUUACAGUUUUCCCGAUAUCAGGCGGAGGCCGACACCACCUAGCAAGCCUCGCUCCUUCACUAUCCAUGAAAUUUACAGAGCUACACUAAAAUUCAGCAAAUCAGAAAUGCUAAGUAGCGACCCGAAAGGCGUCCUAUAUAGAGGAACUCUUCCCAAUGGCCGUCAUAUUGCAGUUAAGCGGUUCUCGCAGCACUUGGAGAGUCAGACCAUUGCACCGAGCAUUCAAGCCCGUAUAAUGAAAAGAAUCCAUGGUUUGAACCAAUUUUGCCAUCCUAAUCUGGCUCCUAUCAAAGGGUGGUGUUACAAAAGUAAGGAGAUUAUCGUGGUCUAUGAUUAUUUCCAGAAUGGGAGCCUUGACAAAUGGCUUUUCGGACUCGGCGUCCUUCCCUGGACUCGCAGGUUCAAUCUCAUCAAAGAUAUAGCUAAAGCAUUAAGUUUUCUCCAUUCUAAGGACACCAUCCAUGGAAAUUUGAGGACGAGCAGCGUGUUUCUCGACAUUAGCUACAGAGCCGUUCUGGCAGAUUAUGCAUUAGUCACGGCCAUAGCCAACUCAAACAGAGGCGAGAAUGUGUUGAUUGGCAAGAGAAAGGACGUGUUUGGAUUCGGGAAGAUGGUAUUAGAGAUCGUCGCGGGGAAGAGAAGUGGAGACAUGGGCGAGAAAGAGGCUACGGGAAUUCUAGGAUUUGCAUGGAACAUGCACGAGAGAGGAGAGAAGAACAAGGUCGUGGAUGAGCGGAUGGGGUUGGGCGGAGCCAUGGAACAAGCUCUCCGCGCCUUGGACGUUGGUCUGGUCUGCACUUUGAACGAAGAGAAUUGCAGGGUUUCCAUGGAAGACGUGGUGCAACUUCUGAAGACGAAAGCAAUUCCCAAGUUGCCCCAGAAGAAACCAGCCCAACUGUCGUGA